AAAUGUUUGCAAGUGGACCAAAACUGUAGAAGAUGAUGAGAAAGAAUUAGAAAAAUUAAAGGAAGCAGAAACGAAACAGAUGCAGUUAAUAGAUGAAGAAAUGCAGAACUUGGAUAAAUUAAAGACCUCUAAAAUUACUAAGAAAACUGAAGUAGAUGGGAUGGAGGAUGCCAUGACGGAAGUUCGUAAACGGUUGACGGCCAUCCAGAAGGAGAUAACUAGUGUUCAGAAAGUGGUGACGGGUCUAGAAUCUCGACUGGAGCAGAAGAAAGCUGACAGGCACAGUCAUCUACAGGCUUGUAAGCUAGAAGACAUUGUCAUCCCCAUGACAAAAGGAACCAUGGAAGACAUUGACCAGGAUAUUCCUGCUUCACAACAAGAAGAAAGUGAAUCUACUGAUGUCUCUGGAAGUCAGAGUACACAGAAAAUUUAUGAAAAGGAAGCCAAAAUAAAGAUAGACUACGAGCAGUUAGCAGAUGAGAUGAAAGACUUAGAUUCUCAUGAAGAAGUUAAAAAAGAAGGUGAUCGUCUCAACAAAGACAUUUCUGACAUGGAGACACACUUACACAGAAUACAGGCACCUAAUAUGAAAGCCAUGGAGAAAUUAGACGGAGUUCGGGAAAGACUCAGAAUGACUGACAGCGAAUUUGAAAGUGCCAGGAAAAGAGCUAAAAAGGCAAAACAAGCUUUUGAAAAAGUGAAGAGAGAACGUUAUGAUAAAUUCAUGCGUUGCUUCGAUCAUGUUUCCAACAGAAUAGAUGAUAUUUAUAAGGCCCUGACAAACAACCAGAGUGCACAAGCUUUCCUUGGUCCAGAAAAUCCAGAAGAACCCUACUUAGAAGGGAUCAAUUACAAUUGUGUUGCCCCUGGGAAAAGGUUUCAACCUAUGAGUAAUUUAUCUGGUGGAGAGAAAACAGUGGCAGCACUAGCAUUACUGUUUGCUAUCCACAGUUAUCAGCCAGCUCCUUUCUUUGUGUUAGAUGAAAUUGAUGCUGCACUGGACAACACAAAUAUAGGAAAAGUUGCCAGGUUCAUUCGAGAACAAACAGAAACAUCUUUCCAGUGUGUGGUGAUAUCUCUCAAAGAAGAAUUCUAUGGUCAUGCAGAUGGAUUGGUAGGGAUUGUCCCAGAUCCUGGUGAAUGUACGAUCAGCCGUGUCUUAACGCUGGAUCUCACAGAAUACCAAGAGUGACAGAAUUUUCUUAAUGUUCAUGGAAGUGUAUAAAAACAGCUAUCAGAUCUUUACACUAGUUUUACGAUUUGUUUGUCUUCUUUUUUUUAUUUUUUACCCAUUUUAAUUUUUUUCAGACAGAUUUUAAUGAGAUAACAUGUAGAGAACAGUCAACUUGAUUGGUCAUGAAUAUCAAUGCUGGAUAUAAGGUUUAAAAUAAUUGUGCAGUUUUACCAACGUUAAAAGCUUCACUAUAAAAUUUAUUAGUAUACUUUUAUGAGUCUUUAUAAACAAAAUUGACCUUACAACACUUGAUUUUUACUGGUUUUAAUUUUAAACAUUAAUUUUUUAUUACCUUUUUUUUUUAUAUGUAGAUCAUAAAAUACGUUUUAUGUGGAUAACCAAUAUUUCGUUGUUUUAUGACAAGUAUAGACCUGGGAAAUUGUACAAUUAAUAACAGUCCGUGAAAUAUUUAAUAUUAGUUUUCUUCUGUGAGAAAAAUAACAAGAUAAAUAGUAACAACAGAUUGUUUACUCAAGCAGUUUGAUAUGGAUAUUGCUUUAAGCUCUGUGAAAAAUUUUCUGGUUUUCUCUCAUUUCAUAACUAGUUUUUUUUACAAUAUUAUACGUUGUUGAAAAACUCAUUGUAAAUAAACAUUGCCACAUAGUAUGAUUUAUUGUCUGUAUCUAAUGUUUAUAUUUAAGGAAGAUGAUCCCUUCUUUAUUUUAGCUCUUGUUUCUUUCAUUCAGUGUUAUGUAAUCAGUUAGAUUUCCUGGUAAACUUAGUAAUGCUUAUUUUGUAAGAGGAAUAAAAAGUCAUGGUCUUUCUUAUUUUA